CGGCAGCCUACGCGGCCCGGCGGGACAGCGCGCAAGGGAAGCGACCCGCGACCCGUCUGUGACCGCGCCGUCCGGCCGCAGGUGAAAUGAUGGAGACGCCGCCGCCGUGCGCCAUGACCGACAGCAGCGGCUACCAUUGUCCUGCGUUGUACGAGUGUCGGGACGGUUGGGUCGGCCCCAACUUCGGCAUCACCAACUUCGACAACUUCGGCCUGGCCAUGCUGACCGUGUUCCAGUGCAUCACCAUGGAGGGCUGGACGGACGUCAUGUAUUACAUGAAUGACGCGCUCGGCAGCAGCUGGCCGUGGAUCUAUUUCUUGACCCUCAUCAUCCUGGGCUCCUUCUUUGUGCUUAACCUCGUCCUUGGUGUGCUAAGCGGAGAGUUCUCCAAGGAGCGCGAGAAGGCCAAGGCGCGCGGAGACUUCCAGAAGCUGCGCGAGAAGCAGCAGCUGGAGGAGGACCUGCGCGGCUACCUGGACUGGAUCACGCAGGCCGAGUACCUCGAGCCGGAAGACGAGGCGCAGGGCGAUGAGACCAAGCUGCACGACAAUGUGGAGGAGGACGACCCGCAGGCGGAGGACGGCGACCCCGUCGACAGCCGGCAGCUCUCCUGCUGGGCCAAGAAGCGCAAGGGCUUUGAGAAGUGGAACCGCCGGAUGAAGCGGUCCUUCCGCACGGCCGUCAAGUCGCAGUCCUUCUACUGGCUCAUCAUUCUGCUGGUGUUCCUGAACACGGGCGUGCUGGCCACCGAACACUACAAUCAGCCCAAGUGGCUGGACAAGUUCCAGGAGAUAACCAACCUGUUUUUCAUCGUGCUUUUUACAAUUGAGAUGCUCAUCAAAAUGUACGCUCUCGGAUUCCAGAGCUAUUUCGUGUCGCUGUUCAACCGCUUCGACUGUUUCGUGGUGAUCAGCAGCAUCAUGGAGGUGCUGCUGACAAAGACUGGCGUCAUGCCACCUCUGGGCGUGUCCGUGCUCCGCUGCGUCCGCCUCUUGCGCGUGUUCAAGGUCACCAGGUACUGGAGAUCGCUCUCCAACCUGGUGGCCUCGCUCCUCAACUCAAUCCAGUCGAUCGCCUCCCUGCUCCUGCUCCUCUUCCUCUUUAUCGUCAUCUUCGCCCUGCUCGGUAUGCAAGUUUUCGGCGGCAAGUUUAAUUUUGACUCGACGACGGCCAAGCCGCGCAGCAACUUCGAUACUUUUGUGCAGAGUUUGUUGACCGUGUUCCAGAUUCUGACCGGUGAGGACUACGUGGUGAUGUACCAUGGCAUCGAGGCUUACGGCGGCGUGGGUGGCUUCGGCGCCCUGGCUUGCUCGUACUUCAUCAUCCUCUUUAUCUGCGGCAACUAUAUUCUGCUCAACGUUUUCCUGGCCAUCGCCGUCGACAACCUGGCCGACGCCGAGUCUCUGACGGCGAUAGAGAAGGAGGAGGAGGAGGAGAAGGCGCGCUCGCGGUCGCGCAGCGGCUCCCCUCGGAAAGACGGCGACCGGCUGGACGAACCGGCCGUGGAGCAGGACCACUCGCAGUAUGGCUCCCAGAAGCUGGCGGAGCUCAACCAUGUGGGUGUCGAUAGAGUGGGAAGUCAAACCAGCGUCGAGAUGGGAGAGGAAGAGAUGGAAGACGAAGGCUACGACAAUUACGACGAAGAUG